GAAUACUUUUAUACUCACGUUGCUUGAUGGCUGACAGCUACUCAUCAGGAACUAUUCCUAACGUCAUGAAUUCACACCCUAUCAGCCAGGAUGAUCUUGAAGAUGGCUUGAGUCCUGUGGAUGGAUCCACCACUCAUGAAAACGACCCAACUCAGCUGGAUAUUGGGUCGUCGACUUCAAAAAAUCCCAAUGUUACUUCUGCUGUGUUCUCGUUGGUUAGCUAUCCUGAAGCUGACCAGUUGCUAGCUGAAUCUCAUAUGCCCUCGGUUGACCGUGAGAAGACAACAUUUUGUUGCGAAAUCGAUUCAGCAUUCACAAAGACUCUGACGCAACAAUUUUUGCCUCCUAUCCAAAAUGAUAUUCCUCUUAGAGAUCAGCCCAAGCCAUUAAUUGAUAUUACCGAGGCUAUCAAGGCCCAUGAUAUGGCUGGUAGCUCAUAUAUUUCAUAUGUAAUCCGCACCAGUCUACCAGAUUAUUCCAUCGAUGUCGAGGCUAAACAUCGCUACUCUGAGUUUGAAUCUCUUCGCAAACUUCUCUCGAAAGCAUAUCCAACAAGCGUAAUUCCUCCCAUUCCGGGAAAGCAUACUGUAGCCGCAUAUGCUGCUAAACCCGGAAAAGCCAAGGAAGAUCCCAACAUCAUUUUAUUGCGAAAACGAAUGCUUCAGACUUUUCUCAAUCGAGUUGCUGCACAUCCUAUACUUGGCAGUGCCCAUGUGUUUCAUUUGUUCUUGCGCGAAGCUGCUCCUUGGAGCGAGACUCUGACAUCGUCUGGCAUGUCUCAUUUGCUAAAACGAAAGGACACGCUUUUGGCCGUAAAUGAAAAGACUACUCUGAGAAAACCAGAUGCACAUUUUGUCGCUGCAGAAGACUAUACAAUCCGAUUCAUGUCACAAAUUGUGUAUAUUGAAAAGAUACACAAGCGUAUCAUUGCCCAUCAUAUUGAUAUGGCGACCACAUAUGCUGAGCUUGGUGGAUUGUACAAUGGCUGGUCCCUCACUGAAUCUACACUGGCGGACAUGAUUGAACAAACUGGCCAAGCAAUUGACUCGACUGUAACUGCUACAAAUGUUCUACAUCAUCAGCUGCAAGAGCGGUUUGGUGAGAUUUUGCACGAGUAUGCGCUUUUUUCCAUCAAUAUCGAAAAGCUACUAAAGUGGAGGCAUCGUAAGCAUGCAGAAUUUGAAGGGAUUUCGGAGUCGUUAAUCUUGAAGCAGGCUGGAUUGGCUCGACUUGAACAAGCAGAACAUGAGUCGCUUCGACUUGCAGCAGCAUUAAACUCUGAAGGUGGGUAUUUCAAUGGUGAUACGAAUGAGUCCAGUGAAGCUACAGGACCUAUAGUCAAUGAAAAUAUACCAGCUAUUGGAACUGCCGAUGCCGCAGAAGCAGGAUAUACUACUACUACAUCAACCACUACUCUGUCAAAUAUGCAUUUGAGAUCAGGUCAAUCUACUUCAUCUCCACAUCUGUCCCAGCAGCAAAUGUCUAUCACAGGAACCAGUAUCGCAAACAAUCCAUACAGGUCCGGCGCAUACGCUCACUCAACCUCUACGACUCUCCAGGCAUCCAAUUCACUUCUUGCCACUUUAAACUCUCUAAUGGACAAUGAUCCUCAAGUCACACGACGCAACCAGAUCUCAAAAACGCGAGACAUGAUUGUUCAGCUUGAAACCCAGCGCGAAACUGCACGACAAGAGCUCUUGUCAGCCAAUGCAGAAAUUCAACACGAUUUGGACCGAUUUCAACGACAAAAGAUUCGGGAUAUGCGAGAUAUGCUGUGUGGAUUGGCAGCUGCUCAAAAAGAAUUUCAUUCUCGAACUUUGAAUGCAUGGCGAGGAAUCAAAGAAUCUGCAUUUAGUAUUGAAUGAUUGAGAUGCAGCUUGAUUGGCAGUGUUGAGUGCAUGAGCUCAUGACUUUUGUUCUGUCGAGUUUUACAACCGUAUUCAUGUAAAUGGAACACUAAAUAAAGGUGUCAGAAUAUACAGUCUCAUG